AUGUCCAUUGUAAAACAGUCUCUGAUUGAAGGAAAUGAGGAGCUGAACAUGCAAGUUCUGAACAUAGAACAAGCUACAUUUGAAAAAGACAAGCUGCUUCGAGACAAAGAUGAGGAAUUAAACAAACUGUUGCACAUAAACAGAACCUUAAAGGAGAACAACACCACCCUGGAGCAGAAUACCACUGCCUUGGAGAACAAAAGCACCUCCCUGAAGCAGAGAAUCAAUGCCCUGGAAAAGGACAAAAAUACCCUGGAGCAGGAAAAAACUGCCCUAGGGCAGAAAAGCACCGCUCUUCAGCAGAGAAUCAAUGCCCUGGAGAAGGAAAAAAAUACCCUGGAGCAGGAGAAAACUGCCCUAGGGCAGAAAAGCACCGCUCUUCAGCAGAGAAACAAUGCCCUGGAGAAGGAAAAAAAUACCCUGGAGCAGGAGAAAACUGCCCUAGGGCAGAAAAGCACCGCUCUUCAGCAGAGAAUCAAUGCCCUGGAGAAGGAAAAAGAUACCCUGGAGCAGGAGAAAACUGCCCUAGGGCAGAAAAGCACCGCUCUUCAGCAGAGAAACAAUGUCCUGGAGAAGGAAAAAGAUACCCUGGAGCAGGAGAAAACUGCCCUAGGGCAGAAAAGCACCGCUCUUCAGCAGAGAAACAAUGUCCUGGAGAAGGAAAAAAAUACCCUGGAGCAGGAAAAAACUGCCCUAGGGCAGAAAAGCACCGCUCUGGAACAGAGAAUCAACACCCUGGAGAAAGAAAAAAGUACCCUGGAGAAGGAAAAAACUGCUCUAGGGAAUAAAAACACCACUCUGAAACAUAUAAACCAUGCCCUGGAAAGGGAAAGAAAUACCCUGGAGCUGGAAAACACCAUUUUCGACGAGAUAAACACCGUCUUGGAGCAGAAAAGAGCCUCCUUGGAGGAGAACAGCAUCUUCUUGGAACAGAUAAACACCGCCCUGACGCUGAACAGCACCACUCUGGAGCAGAAAUGUACUCUCUUGGAGAAUAUAAACACUGCCUUGGAGCAGCAAAACGAGAUCCUGGAGCAGAAAAAUACUGACUUGAAGAAUAUGAACACCGACCUGCAGCUUAAACUGGAGCAGCUGAACCAGCAGCCACCUGAACAGAAAACCAGUGAAAACAUCCAAUCAGUUUCAGAUCAGCCACAGAAGCAGCUGCCUAUAUUCAGACGUGUCAUCAGUGGCGUCUCCAAUACAUUCCUGAAAAUGUACCAAACAGGUACUCUCAGGUACUGGAUUGACACUUGGUACUUCUAAAUAAAGAAGUGUGAUGAGGGCUCCAAGCUUCAUGCUUGAGUAUCUGUGGCAGAAAGGCUAGAGGACAACAGAACUGCCGUGUCAGGGGAGCUUGACACUUGUGGACUUAUGGCGGAAAAGCUUAACGCUUGAAAGAUGUUGACAGGAGAGCUUGAGGCCCGCAGGACUGCGGUGCCAUGGGAACUUGAGGCCAUCGAACACAGGUCUCCUUCGUCACCAGACAAUUCCUUUGUCGCCUGGUCAUCAGACCCUUAUUUAUCUUAUGAACUCUAGUUUUGCUUUUAUUUUAGUUAGGCGUCAGAUGAGGAGCUUGGGGUCAGCAGACCCCAAGCUCCACCUGGCCUGCC